UUUGUCUCACUUCACUUGGCUCAAAGAAAAAGAAAGUUGAAUAAGGAAGCUAGUUAAGCAAAGCAAAGCAUCAUGGUAUGCUUCUGUUUCUUGGUGGACCAAACGCGGAAAGUACGGAGGAGCAAACCGGCGGCGGGAAUAUGCAGCCGGUGCGGCGGUGGAGCUAGCGUGGCCGACAUGAAAACCGCCACCAGGUUUUGCUGUGUUCCCUUUUACUGCAAGUCUUGGAGAGCCAUUAUCUGCACUUUUUGCGGUGCUGUUCUUCGCUCCUACCAUUAGUCCCUCCACCCACCAUCAUCGUCAUCCAAUCGUGAAAUGCAAUUUGACUUCUUUCUGUUCUUUACAACAUACAUUGAGAUGGAUUUGAAUAGAAGUUCACCAUGAACUUCACCAACUAUGAGUAGUUAGUAGUCUAAUUUAUCUUCUGCUUUUUUUGUGUUUGCUAAUUAUUCUUUUUCUUCAUUAUAUGUUGUAGUCAAUCACUUCCAUGUUAAUUUGAGAAUCAUG